AUGCCUUCGGCCUCGACUCCCGCUCCGGCUGGGGCCGAUCCUAGCGCUUCGUCAUCAGCUGCUAACGCUGCUUCAGAUCAGCAUCAACUGGCUAGUGCCCAGCCUUCAGCAUCGACACACCGACUUGAUAAUGCACCAGCAGAGAUGGGUGGUGGCAGCACUUCCACACGCUCAGAGCCCAUGCCUGCACAACCUAAGCACUGCGCACGCUGCAACCAGCUCCUCGAUCCUCUGCCUCCGUCACACGAUCCUCAGCCGGGCUUGCCUCGCACGCCUUCUUCAGCAUCAAUGCCAGCGCCCAGUCCUUCAUCAUAUGCCUUCGCACCCGACUCGCUUCGCUCACAACAUCGGCUUCAGCCUGGCCAGAGUCUCACCUCGGCGAUCCAUGCCGCUGCUGCCGUAGCCCUCUCUCGUCAUCUCGACGCCGACGAGACCAUCCCAACAGAUGCAGAUGGGCAUGCGAUUUGCACCCAGUGUGCUGCUCAACUCGCAGAGCCAAGCAGUACGAAUCAAGCCGCUGUCACGACCUCUGCACAGCUUGUGCCCGACUUGGCAGCUUCACAUACCAACGAUACCCAGCAGUCACGCAGCGCACCGGUCGGCGCAAACCCACUUCAUGGAGCGCAGGCAGAAGCUUCCAGCGCUUCAAGCGCCAAUUCGGCGCCACACUCGCAAACCACCACCCCGCAGGCACAGCUCACCAUUUCGGUCGACAACAUGGGUGCUGGUGGUGAUGCUGCCCUCGCUCCAUCAGCUGACGACGUCCACAUGCACGACCCUUCCGCAUUCCCACCUCUUGAGCGCGCACCUCUCUCACCCAACGGCACCAGUCGGUCUCGCAGCCGCAGCAGAAUACGCUUCGCGGACGGAACAAUGGAUCAGCACACUGAUGGCAACGCAGCAGCUUCUUCGUCGAACAGCCUUGGCAGGUCGGGCAGCUUCUCCAGAAGUCUCAGCUACCAUGAGAGUGUAAGCUCUUCUUCCGCUCCGGUUGUUGUUAGCUUCCCUCCCUCCAACUCAACAAGUCCCAUAUCCGAGGCGGUACCAAGUACGGGCACUUACACCUCUGCACCUUCGCUUGCACAGACAAGAUUACCUAACAGCAGCAACAUCCAUUCGACAGGCACGCAGGGAUCCAUCUCGCUUCAGGGGGCGAAGCAGAGGCGUCCCUCCUCAGCGCGUCGGCCGAGCCGGACCGGUUCGUCUAGCGGUCCAACGACGUUACCUUUUGCAGCAGUCGUUGCUACAUCAAAAGAUGACGAUCCGUACGGGCCUGGAGCAGUAACACGGCCACGGCUCAGCCUACUUCCAACGCAAGUCAUUGCAGAUGAGAUCUACAACUCAGCACGCGAAACUCGCCCACCGUCGCUCAUUUCGUCUUCCACAUCCACCUCACUCGUUGCAUCAUCCGCACAACACGCAGCAGGUAUCGACCCGGCCAGAGCGGUCAAGUAUCAUGUCGAUCCGCUUUCUUUCUCUCACACCAACCCUGUCUUCGACAAGGCUCAAACACAGGAUGGCGAGCAGGGCAUGGACGUAGACGGCGAAGAACCCCAGCCUCUCACCUACAACCACCAGAACCUCCGUUGGUUCGACCCACUCAAAGCCGAUCCCCUCCUCGAACUAUCUCUUCUCCGUCACCCGCCUAAAUCCAGAGGCUGCCUCUAUCCAGGUGCCACCUUCAACGGCACCCAAAAAUCCGGUCGCAACUCGUACGACGUCACCGUUCGCAUCGUCAAUGUUGACCUCGAAGCUUCCCAUCUUUGCGGGUAUCUCAAUAUUCGAGGCUUAACAGAAGACUGGCCGGAGCUUACCACCUAUUUCGAUGCUGAAAUUAUCGGUGAUCGGUAUGGAUUUGUGACGGGGAAAUGGGGUGCGACGGAAGCGGAUGAUCUCAAACACUGGGCUAGAUUCGCGCCAUUCAGACCGCUCAGGAGUGCGUUGAGUAAGCCAGGGUUGAGAUUCGAUCAUCUGAAUAAAGGCUUUGUGUUUAUGCGAUGGAAAGAGAAGUUUUUGGUACCGGAUCAUAGGGUUAGGGAUAUCAAUGGGGCGAGUUUUGCUGGGUUUUACUAUGUUUGUGUUGAGUUAGGGGAGAGUGUGCGGGAUGGUGGUGCAAGAGGGAGGAGUGGCAGCAAUGUUUCUAUGGGAAGUGGAAGUAGCGUUUCACCAACGCUGUCCAAUGCUGCGCCAACGGCAACGCAGGUUUCGGGUCAGCAGUGGUAUGCAGCCCGAACACAACGCCGUCGGGAAGUAUCCCUCUCUGCUCCAAGUCCUUCGCUCAUAUCCUACAACAACCGCAAUCUUAAUCCAGCCUCGACGACGAACAACAACAUCCCCUAUUAUCAUCCGAUAUACCACCCCCACUCACCCAAUCCCUUGCCGCCUUCAGGACCCGGUUUCUGGCCAGCUUCACCCACCAGUCCCCACCUACCUCUCCCUUCAGCCAGCGCAGGAGGGGAAGGGGAUCUAUUCUUCCAUUCAUGGCCUGAGUUGGAGGACGAGGAAUGGGACGAUAUGGGAGCAAUCGGAAAAAUGUCCGGGUUCUAUUUCCAUGAGAACUCCGAACCGUAUCAACAACUUUCCCUCCACCAUACACCGCAGGCUAGUAGUAGUUCUUUCGAGAUGCGCUAA